ACGCAUGCGCAGACCUGGAAAAAAAAAAAACGCAAACGGCGAUCCCCGGUCCCCGGUGGUUUAGAUUCUUGCUGAAUGUUUCCGGCUGGAGGCCGGUGCAAAAACAGGUCCUGCCACACGGAGCCGCGUCCUCGAUGAGCACCCGGGCUUUGCUCCGUUUCCCCGCACCACUGAUCAGGAUAUGCUCGGGGAACUGGGGACUCGGGCUCCAGAAGCCAGCGCUGCGCUUCCCAGGAAUGGCCGCCACUGCGGUGCAGGUGGCAGGCAAGAAGGACUGUCCUGCUCUGCUUCCCCUGAAUGAGAGGGAACUUGAAGAACAGUUUGUGAAAGGCCAUGGUCCGGGGGGCCAGGCCACCAACAAAACCAGUAACUGUGUAGUGCUCAAACACGUGCCCUCCGGCAUUGUGGUCAAGUGCCACCAAACCCGAUCUGUGGAUCAGAACAGAAAGAUCGCUCGGAAAAUCCUCCAGGAGAAAGUGGACGUUUUCUACAAUGGUAACAACAGCCCUGUUCACAGAGAGAAGCUUGAGGCUGAGAGGAGAAAGAGAGAGAGGAAGAAAAGAGCAAAGGAGACUCUGGAAAAGAAGAGGUUGUUGAAAGAAUUAUGGGAAGCCAGUCAGAACAUCACCGAGAAAAGGACCGAAGCUGCUGGUGUGCCGGGGGGGUUCCGGGAAUAAUGGUGGUAACACCCGGCCCGUGUUGGACCAUCUGAGAAAGCAUCCUGGAGGUGGAUGUGGUGGUGUAUGCUUGCAGUCUCAGCACUUGAGAGAGCCAAGGCUGAGGCCUGGGCAGAAGCCCUUGUCCCACAAGCCCAACAGCCUGAGUCAGAACUGACUCCACAAAGUUGUCCUCCGACCUCCUCUCAUAACUGUGACAUGUAUGCCCGCACUCAUCACACACAAAAAUAACCAAUAAACCGUUAAGAUCAAAACAGUUUGAAAAAGCCCUGAUAGUAGUAGUUAAGCCCACUUCUAUGGCAAGUUGAGUCAAACAGCAUUUAGUGGUAUCUUGUCAAUUCCAGGGCCACUGCUGAGCUGUCUUAAGGUAUCAUUUAUCCUGAGAUUUUCGUAAAAAGAAAAUGACAGUGAACUGUUACUACCUGCUGUGCUUACUAGUUUUAACAGUCAACUUCACAAACAACCUAGAAUCACCAGAGAAAAGUCUUAGUGAGAAAUUAUGAGGAUGUCUGUGGGGAUUCUUAUUAACUGAAGUCGGAAAACGCAGCCCAUUGUGGGCAGCAUCAUCCCCUAAGCAGGAAUCCAGAACAACAUGAGAAAGCUAACUAAGAUAGAGCAAACGAUGCUUUUAUUCUCUUCUCGACUGUGAAUGUGACGUGACACUGAGUUCCCGCCUUGACUUCACCCAAAAUGAUGGACUGUAACUUGAAACAGCAAGCUAAAUAAAUUUCUUCCUUUCAUAA